UUUAACUUCGAAAUUUAAGCUGAAUUUUUUUUUUUUUUUUUUUUUUGGUGAGGGGGGAAGAGGGUUAAAUAGCGAAGAAAAAAAAAGGGCGGAGAAAAGAAUUUUGCAACCUCGUUGGCCACUCCCCAAAGCAAAAAAAUAGGGGUGGGGUGGGGUGGGGUGGAGGAACCCAUUGCGCUGGAAGAAAGCCUAUUGGAAUCGAGGAUCGUUGGGCGAGGCCUUCAGGGGGUAGGCUAUUCCAGAUACUUGCUGCCGGGUGCAAGAAAAAAAGCCCGUGUUGCUUCUGCUGCGUCUACUGUCCUCAGCCUCUUGCAUAGCUCUCUCCGCGAGUAUUGACUGCUCCCGGGCCCCGAUUUCUUCAGUCUCCUGCCCAGCUAGUGCCUCUGGUAUGUGUGCUGCCCACAUGACGCCCCUGGCACACGUCUUCAAAGGGACUUUCGUCCAUUCCACCAUGACCUCUCCCAUGGAAGUGCUGCACGACCAUAUCCUCGGUGUAAGCGAAGUUGGCAAAAUAGUGUUUUUGGAACAUGCUUCCCAGCAAGAAAAAUUGGCCACGGAAUGGGGCUUCACACCAAUCGAAGUGAGAGAACUCAGUAUCCAUGAGUUCUUCAUUCCUGGCCUGGUCGAUACACAUAUCCACGCACCACAAUAUGUGUUUGCUGGAAGUAAUGUGGAUCUCCCUCUCCUGGAGUGGUUAACCAAAUAUACGUUUCCAACAGAAAACAAAUUUAGCAAUAAAGAUUUUGCUGAAGAAGUCUAUACCCGAGUGGUUAGGAGAACUCUGAAGAAUGGUACAACCACAGCAUGUUACUUUGGAACAAUCCACACUGACUCAUCCCUCCGCCUUGCUGAUAUUACAGAUAAAUUUGGGCAGCGAGCAUUUGUGGGCAAAGUUUGCAUGGAUAUGAAUGACACUGUUCCAGAAUACAAGGAAACCAUGGAGGAAUCAGUUAAAGAGACAGAAAGGUUUGUUGAUGAAAUGCUAAAAAAGGAAUAUACUAGGGUAAAGCCUAUAGUGACCCCACGUUUUUCCCUUUCCUGCUCUGAGACUCUGAUGCAUAAACUUGGUGAGAUAGCGAAGGACCACAAGCUACAUAUUCAGAGCCACAUAAGUGAGACUCCUGAUGAAGUUGAAGCUGUGAAAAAGUUAUUUCCUAAUUAUAAGAAUUACACAGAUGUAUAUGACAAAAACAAUCUCCUGACAGACAAGACAGUGAUGGCUCAUGGCUGCUAUCUCUCUGAUGAAGAGCUCAAAGUAUUUCAAGAGCGUGGAGCUUCAGUCUCCCACUGUCCCAAUUCAAACUUGUCGAUCUCCAGUGGAUUACUAAAUGUGCUGAAUGUCCUGAAACAUAAUGUGAAGCUUGGACUGGGCACAGAUGUUGCUGGUGGUUAUUCCUCUUCCAUGCUUGAUGCUAUCAGAAAAACAAUGGUGGUAGCCAACACUCUUUACAUGAAAAAAGUAAAUGAGAAAAGCCUCACUCUUAAAGAAGUAUUCAGACUAGCAACUCUUGGAGGAAGCCAAGCCUUGGGAUUAGAUCAUAUAAUUGGAAACUUUGAGGUUGGCAAAGAAUUUGAUGCCCUCCUGAUCAACCCUAAGGCUUCAGACUCUCCAAUCGAUCUCUUCUGUGGUGAUCUAGCUGGUGAGCUUUCAGAGACUGUCAUCCAGAAAUUCUUCUAUCUAGGAGAUGAUCGAAAUAUUGACGAAGUGUAUGUGGGUGGCAAGCAAGUUGUUCCUUUUUCAAGCUCGGUGUAAGACCAGUAGGCUUCUGAAGACAUUCUCCUGGGAUAACUGAUGAUUGUUCAUCUCUCUGAGCCCAGGUGGAAUUGGAAAGAGUUGGUUAAAAUAUAGUACCUUCUUAUUGGGAAUGACUACUAAGUUUCUGUGUCUAAUUAGAGCAUCCACUUGAGAAAUUACUAGAAAGAAACCAGGGAUCAUUUUAGGUUUCUGGGUUGAAUGGCUUUCAUUAUAUAUGAAAAUUUUACUCUUUGAGAUGUUGAGUUUUUUUGGCCAUAUUCAAAGAUAAAUUUUACUUUAUUCAUUUGAAACAUUAGAUUGAUUCCAUGGAAAUGGUUUUAAAAAAGAUAGAGAGAGAUGCUUUUCUUUCGUAUAAAAAUGAAUCUUGAGCACACAUGUGAAAAAUUUCAAUCACAAAGUUGAAAAUUGCCUAGUAGGGAAAUCUUAAUGAAGAAAGAAGUCUUAAAAAAAAAAAAGCAUGGAACGAAAUGUUGAAGAUCACUUAAAGUUAUUCAUUGUGAAAAUUACAUGUCAAGCAUAAAAAUUUUAAGAGAGACCUUGCAGAAUUUUAGAAUGUGAUUUCAGAGCAAGUUUGUGUACUUAGAUAUUUGCAGUCACUGAAAUUUGUACUUGAUAGUUUGCUAUUGUUUUUUGGUUUCAUUUUGGAUAAAACAAAAUGCUAAAUGUUAUAUUCAGAUAAUUUUGUGCUUGUUAAUGUGCGUUGAAAGCUGGAAAAUGGCUUUUUAAAGGUCUCUCUUAGGAUUAUUAUCAAUGUACUUACAUGGGAUAUAUAGGAGUAUUUUUGAGUACCUUAAACACAUCUUAAAUUAUAACUGUGCAGUGUUGUUACUGAUCAAAAUUAUACUGUUGGAAAGAAAAUGGAAGCAGAUUGCAUGAAGUAGAAUCAUAGAACUACAGAUUAGAAUUUGCAAAGACAGAAGACAAUAGGUAUCAUCAAAUCUAUCUUAUCUCUUACAAAUAAUGGAAAAACUUAUUCAUCAGGACUUUAAAGUGGAAAAGUUUCAUUAAUUAAAGAGAAGUUCUACACACACUAUCCGUCACAAUUGAUGAAUUUCAAAAGCCAAUACCAAGCAAUAGCUGGCAUUUUAAAAAUACAUCUCAAGUAUUUUUUAAAAUGGAUAUUAUUUAAAAAGACUCUCGCUUAAAAUCAGAUAAUUCUUUAUCUGCUAAAAAUACUCCCAUUUAUUCUAAGAAAUUUUCAAUUCAGUAGAAAUGAAAUAUAAUCAAAUAUCUUGGAUAUUAUCUUAAAAUUCAUCGUAAUUAGAUUUGAUAUUGGGGUCAGGAACAGGUUUGUUGUUUGUUUUUUGCUGUUUUUGCUUUUAUUUGUAACCUCAGUACUUAAUAGUGCCAAAUACAUGGACAAUACCUAAUACAUGCUUGUUGAUUGGUUGGUUAAUUAAUGUUUAUGUUUAGAAGGAUACAAAACCUUUAAAAACAAUUUAAACUUAUUAAUAUUUCAUUCUUUGCCAUAUCCCAGAAUUGGAAACAAUUUUUACCCCAUAAUAAAUCUUUGAGCAUUAUUGUUUAGUACUAUAACUCAUUGCUAAUUUUAUAAAUGUUAUUUGAGCAUUAUUGUUUAGUACUAUAACUCAUUGCUAAUUUUAUAAAUGUUACAGCUUUUUUUCAUGCAUAUGCAUUUUGGCCCUGGAAACCACAAUAAUCAGGAAGAAACCAAAAUUUCCUCAGUAUUCCAAGUAAGCAACUGGGGCACUUACUCUAAUUUUCUUUUGUUUUACAUCCCUAAUAUUGAAAAACUUUAUAUACAUAUAUGUAACUUCAAUAAAAUGUCUCCUAUUUUGGAAAAUUCAUUGAAAUAAAGUCAUCUUAUUCUGCCUAGCCAUUAUAUUUUGUCUGGUUUCAGACUUCUAUCUUACAUAAGUAGACCAUAUUUUUCCAAGAGAUCUUCCUAGAAUUAUUCUUCAUCCCACUUAAAGAUAAAACUUUUUUGGUCGCCAGGUAAGCAUUUGGAGGUAUUGUAUAGCACAAUAAAUAAGUCUUGGCUUUUCUAAAAUUUCAAAGAAACCAGGUGGAGUUUUGUACUUACUACCAAUCAAGAGGUAUUUUUGACUCUAGUUCACAUAUUCUUGAUAAAGUUAGGGAGACUGAGUAGGCAAAUGAUUGCUAAUAGGAGAUUCCAAGCAGCACUAGAAUCAUACUCCUAGCCUGCUGGUUCUCCUUCACCUCCUUUUCUUCUGUAUCUGAAUUGUAAAUGGAACUUAAAUGUUGGUCAUUGGUUUUCAUUGAUAUUUAGAAUUAUCAUGGGAAUCAAAAUGGCAAUGUAGCCAAAAAAAAAAAAAAAAAGUGGGGGAGGGCAGACCCAGAUAGUAUGCUAAGAUCAGCAUAGUUUUGUGGAAGGAAUACUGAAUUCGUUAUCAGGAGACUUGAUCUUGAAUCUCAUCUUUGCCACUUAUUAUGUGUGGCUCUGGGCAAGUCACACCUCUUUCCCUGAGCCUCAGUUUCUUCACUUGUAAGAUGAGAGGAUUGGACAAGAUGAGCUCUGAGGUUUUUUCCAAUACCAUCAUGCUAUGGAGUUUUUUUGUUUUGUUUUGUUCUGUUUUUUUUAAGGAAGCUGCUUGAAAUAUUAAUAUCCUUUGAGCUCCCUGCACUCCUUGUUACUCUUUGUGUUUUAUUUCUCCAAGAAAAGGGUUAUUGUACAUUGCAUCUGCUUAUGUGACAAGUGUAGUUCUACAUUUAAAUAUAUUAUUUUCCUUUGUAUAAUAAUAAUAAAAGAUUUCAUGAAUCAUCAGACAGCAGCACCCUAAGGCAAUUGAGGUAUCACUUUAUGUUGAAUGUUUUCUGCUCUUACAGAAGCAGUAAGAAUUAUGACAGUGAUUUUAAGCAAGUCUUUUGAAAAUUGUUGUUACCCUAAUGUCCCAACCCAAAUUACCCAAAUUACACCAGCAUACUACUGGAAUGUACUCAGCCCUUUUUAAUCAGAUAUACAUUUUUCUGGAAUGACAUUGCUCAAGCCUCACAAAAAAUGCUAUUGCAACCAGAAUAUUAAAGCAGAAGCCAAGGCUUUUUUCAUCAUCCAGAAUAAUAAAGAAACAGCAUUCAUAAUAAAGAAUUGAGAGGAAAUAUGGGGCAAUGGAAAGAAUCCUGGCCAGGGGGUCAAGAGUUCAAAUCUAGAGAUGGAAGAGCCUUGGAAGCCAUCUGGUACAACCUUGUCAUUUUUAAGGAAAUACCCUAGAGGGUUCUGUAAAGCUUAAGUGACUUGCGUAUAGUCAGUCACAUGGUUAAUAAAUGUCCAAAGCAGCUUUUGAACUAGGUCUUCUAAUUACAGAACCAGUUGCUUUUUCUCCAUUAUGUAUUCUCUACAAGAUACUACUUUUCUAACACUGGCUCUGCUCAUUGGAAAGAUAGUCUGGAACAAAUCACAUCACAUUAAGGAGCCUCAGUUUUUUCAUUUAUAAAAUGAAGAGACUAGAUGAUGAGUAAGGCCCCCAUCAGCUCUAUGAUUCUAAAUCUGAUUGCCUUCAUACAUCCCUUUCUACUUUAUCCUUUGCCUCCCAAAUCUAAGAUUAAAUUCAGGAGAGCAGAAGAUUUGUUUUUUGAAAGUAUAGCUAAAAACAUUUACUCUUUAAAUUGAAUUGAAAGUAGAUUAUAAGAGUUGUGAAUUAAUGCAUAAAAUAGAAAACCUGUCAGGCUAGUUUAUCUAAGAAUUGCUUGUGAUGCAAUUAGUGGCAGUGCAGAGAGUUGGGGGAACCCCUUCUAGCCAACACAGGUCCAAUGUGAAAAGAAUUCACAAACCCAAAAAGUUUGAAUAGCAAAAGGAAAGUUUAUUUCCUUCUAUUGGCACUGAGUAACCAGCUUUGCUAGGAAGGCAGACUUCUUUGUGAUAAGGUCCUGGCAGAGAAAUAACAAGGGGUUAUCACUGAGAAGAAGCUCUCUUCACGGUGAGCAAGAGUCCUGGUAGGCAGCUGUGCCAAGAGGAGCGGUCCCUUGGUAAAGCAUACUUCAGACUUCUGCAAGGAUAUAAGUUUAAAAUUGUCUUUUUAUAAGAUAUCUGAGACUGGGGUUUCAAUUGAAUGAGAUUCCUUCAAUGUUGUCAUUGUCCCCAGGCCUAGAUUUCCAGUUGAAUGAGUAGUCCUGGACUAAUUUUCAACUCAAUAGAGGGUGCAGCUAGUCACCACCAAGAUAACUUUUCUUAAUUCCCUGAGGUGGUCCUUUCCCAGAGGAGAGUUUCUCAGGGUUCACCCCCAUGGCUUCCCACUCAAAAUCAGAGAGAACAAUUUCAGGGUUCACCUUCAUUGCUUGUAUUUUGUUUAUUACAACUUUGGUGAAGAAAAAGAAAAAGGUUAAAAGACACAGUUUCCAUGAAAAAGAACAGAUUUUUUUAAAAAAGCUUUUCAAGUUAAAAAGAAUAUGAUUUGUGGAAGACUAAUUAGAAAGAGAACAAAUUUUUAAAAAUAGCUCAUAGGUAAACUGAACAGAGAAACAGGUAGGCUGUUGAAAAAAUUUAUUCAAUUGUUAUUUAAUUGUUUUAUGAUUUUCUUAUACUUGUCCUUCAGCCCUUUCUUUAUGUUUAAAUGUGACAGUUUUUAGAACAGAGAAUACAGGAAUACACUGAAGAGUAGAUUCUCCUCAGAAAAAAAGACGAACCCUUUUUAUGCCAUUCUUUUGGAUAUCUUUCUAAUGUAAAUAGAAAUUCCACAAUUAGAACAAAUAGUGGUAGUAAAGAAAAACUACUUAAAAUCCUCAGAGUUGUUUUUUUUUUUUUAAACCACCAGUCAGCCAACAUUGAUAAGUGUCUUCAGAGGCUAUGGGGAAAAGGACACAUUUAGGAGUAUGUGGUCUCACAGAGGGUUUUGAAUGUUCAUUUACUUCUGGUUUUUCCUGUUCCUUUCCCCUCUAAGAAUUCUCUCCAGGAUUUUUAUCCCAAAAGACAUAAUGGCACAUUGUAUUUAUUGCAUGUUGUGCUGUCUCUGUCAGUUGCAUCCCAAAAGGAAGUCUUUCAUGAGGGCACAGUUUUAAAGCCAAUGAUAAUUUCCCAGACUAUGGAAUUUUCCGAGAUUGAGGCUAUUUUUACUUAUAAAGAUCAUAGAAUCACAGAGUUAGAGUUAGAAAAGACCUUUCAAGGCGAUCACAUCCAACCUUCUUUUCACAAAUGAGGAAAAUGAGUCACUUGUGUGAUUUGCUCAAUAUCACAUAAGUAAUAAUUGCAGAAGCAAGACUCAAAUCUAAGACUUUGAUCCCAAAGGAAGGUGUAACUUCCAUCAUGUCAUCCUGUCCAUUUCUUUAGUAACUACAGAAUGUUCCAAGACCAGUGACUUCACAUUAUUUUUAAGCUCAGCAGAGUUAUCUGGUAUAUAAUUGGUGUCUUAUUCAAAGAACAGAUUUAAAAAACUCUCCAAUCUAAUUCAAAUGUGAUUUCAGAAAAUGGUGAAUUUAAAUAAUGUAACACCUGAAUUUGAUGUCUUUAUAGGAGAAAAGCAUAUAAAAACAUAAGUAAAAUUUUCAAACCUCAACAUUAAUUAUGAUAAAGAGUUUUCAUGUUAUAAUCUCAUUCCUCUUCUAUCCAUUCAUUCUCUUCCCCCGCUCCCAACCCAAUUCUUCCCUUUGUAUCUGUAGAUAAGAAGUCAUGAAGGUGAAACUGCUUAAUCUGCUUUUCUAAAGUACAAAAAUUGACCUUUAGCACCAAUGAUGAAAAGAAAUUAUGUAUUUUAAGACUGUUUCCCUCAUUCCUUCUGUGCCCAAGAUGUUUCUUGAUAUCUUGGUUAGUGAGAGUAGCUGCCUUCCCUUUUCUGCUAGAAGAAUUGGAUUUGUAUAUUCUGUCAGAAAAUGCUUUUUAAGGAAAACUGCUUUAAAAUGUUGCUUAUCACUUGAUCACUACUCUUAAGUAUAUGUAUUCAGUGGGAAAAUGGAACUCAAUAUUUGCUUAUUUCUCUUGUGUGAGUGUGUAUGUGUUGCAAAAACAAAAAUAAAAACGGUCUUGUGUCUAACUUAA